AUGUCCCAAAAGUGUGUAUCGGAUCCGUUGUCUUCAGCUCUGAUCUCACUUCGGGCCAGAAGUCGGUUGCAGUCACUGAAGGAUCGGGUUUUAUGGGAUGAAUACAGGGUAUCAGUGCUCAACACUGGCCACGAAGACUGUGCCACACAUAACACCACUCAUUAUAAUCACAGCAAUUAUAAUAACAAUUGCAGCGAAAAAGUGGACAAUAAUAAUGAUCUGAUGGACGACUCGAGUGAUAGUCGGCGUCGACGGCGAAGAAGUAGUAAUAAGAGUCGAGUUCCGGAUCACAGGUCUUGGGAUCUAUACGUCUACACAAUCGCCGCUUUCAUCAAUCAUUUCGCUUAUGGUGUCACUCAAGGCUUAAUCGGACCAACACUUGUUGACUUGAAAUACAUGUUAAACACGACAAUGAAUUUAAUAUCCAUUAGUCUUAUCUUUAAUAACAUCGGAUACCUAUCGGGCUCUCUCUCGAUGGCCGCGUCAUCAGCGCUGAUACCCGACAGCCCUAACCUGUGGACACUUUACGUAUUUCAAUAUUUCAGUGGAUUGGGAGCCGGUAUUUGGGACACCGCUAACAACGUAUGGCUGAUUGAGAUGUGGCCGCACAACAGCCUACCGGUGCUCCAGUUCUCGCAGUUUAUGUGGGGUUUAGGAUCAGUUAUCGCACCCAUUAUUGCUAAGCCGUAUCUGACCGGUGAGACCAAUCAUACCGUCGUUACGCCGACGCCUGUCACAUACCACGCGUUGAUGGCCGACACCAUCACAACCACUACACCAGCGCCCGUACCGGUGGACAGGCGGGCACUCCUGAGGACCCCAUUCCUUAUCUCUGGCAUUCUUCAGGCAUUUAUACCGCUUGUGUUCCUAAUCAUGUAUUUUGUGCGCAAAUACAAGAGUCCGGACGAACGGCUCAAACGCAAGGACUCGUCGGAAAACCUGUUGGCAAACGACGAGUUGGACGAUAACCACCACAGCGUUGAGUCGGAGCCGCGGGACGAGACUCCGGGCGCUUCUACGGCGCGAAAGAAUGCAGUUUUGAUAGCACUGUUCUCAUUAUUUCUGGCCAUGUAUUCAUCGCUAGAGAUCGCGCACUUCAACUACAGUCCCACAUAUUAUCAGUACACAGCGCUCAGACUGUCGGCACAGACAGCGGCCAGCAUACUGUCCACAAUGUGUACGAGUUAUACUGUGGGCCGUUGUCUCAGCGCGUUUGUGGCCCUACGGGUCGGACCAGACGUCAUGAUUAGUUACCAUUUGCUGAUAAUAAUCGCUGGUAUGGGUGUCCUCUACUACGGCUCGACAGUACUGGAGCUGAUAUGGAUCGGCAAUAUUAUAAUCGGUUUUGGCUUUUCAGCCAUGUAUUCGGCGAUCAUAGGGCUGACUGCCCGCCACUGCGCCCUCACAGACACCGUGAGUACAGUAAUGGUGUUCACCAACGGUAUAGUGUCGGCCAUAACGCCCUUCAUAUUGGGUCCGCUCAUUGAAACCAAUCCGUUUGCGUUCAUUGAACUCGAAUUGGUUUAUCUCGUGAUCAGCGCCGCCCUCUUCCUGGCCAUACUGUCCUUCACCCGAACCGCUCGGCCACACAAUCGGGCCCUUCAAUCGCCCGAGGGUACGACUGGUGGCGACAAAUCAAAGUACGAGUUGCCAUUGGAGGACGACGUGGACACAUCACUGGCCUGGGGUUUCGUGUUGGGCGACCCGUACCGUAUGGUCGGACCUAAGAACGCGCUAUUCAAAAAGAAAUGCGAAGAAAUCAGCGGACAGGGAACUAAGGAAAAGUUGAAAAAAAUCCGGGAAUACUUGUCGUUAAAAUAUUCCAACAAUACGCUAAUCAAGAACCUGACCAUGACCAAACCCGAAAACGUGGUCAAAGCGUUUUGCGAGCCUAUUAUUAAGGAAACAUUUAAGGGUUGGAAACAAUUCAAUGAUAAAUAUAAGGAAUCCGAAAAAAUUAGGAAUCAAAUGAUGGACGUCUUUAUGGAGGCUAAUAAGACCCGCGGAACCACUAUUACUAUACCUAAACUCGUUUGUUACAUCCGUCUGUACAAAAAUCAGACCAUUCAUGUUUACACGGAACAAAACAACACCCGAGAGUUUGCCCGCAAAUACUUUGCCAUAUUUGAUGAGGCGGUCGGUGUAAUCAAUGCGCACACCGGCGCCAAAAAUAUGUCUGAUUGCAAGUUUGAUGGCGUACCCAAAUCGACUGUACAGGGUACCGCUGAGGCCAUGUUUGAGCUGCCACUGGAGGACGACGUGGACACAUCGCUGGCCUGGGCUUUCGUGUUGGGCGACCCGAACCGUAUGAUCGGACCGACGGACAAACUAUUCAAACAAAAAUGCAUGGAAAUCAGCGGACAGGGAAAUACGGAAAAGUUGCAAAAAAUCCGGGAAUACGUAACAAACAAAUAUUCAACAAAUAAGUUGAUAGUAAAAUUGGCCCAGACCAAAGCCGACCAGAUUUGGAAAGCCUUCUGCGAGCCUAUUAUUAGCGGCAGUUAUAAGGGAUGGAAACAAUUCAACGAGAGAUUUGUCGAAUCCGCUAAAGUUAGGGAACAUAUGAUGGAUGUGUUUAUGGAGGCAAAUAAGAACAGCUCAACUAUUACUAUACCCAAACUCAUUUGUUACAUCCGUCUGUAUAAAGAGAAGACUAUAAACGUUCACUCGGAUAUAGACAACGCCCGAGAGUUUGUCCGCAAAUACUUUUCUAUAUUUGAUGAGGUGGUCGGUGUCAUAGAGGCCGACACCGGCGCCAAAGGGGCGCCCGAAUGCAAGUUCGAUGGCGUACCCAAAUCGACAGCCCUUCCGCCCCAAUCCGUAUAUCUGGCACUAUUGGCCGCCGUUAAUAAUUUAACCCUAAAAUGUGAUAGAAAUCGAUGGGAAUCGGAAGCGGCGAUGGACGCGACUCUGUCAGCACGUCAAGAGCUUAGCGAAAUUGACCUUAAUUUGGGUUUAGAACAGCCAAUAGAUGAACUCAUCAAACGAAUCAAGGAAAACAACCAUGAUGAUAAAUAUCCACUAGUGAUGGACAUCGGGUGCGGACCGGGAAAUACUGCCAAACUAUUGGCCAAAGAGCUAAACCCGGAGCACAUCGUCGGCGUAGACAUCGAUCGCGAUAUGAUUGCAUUUGUCAAACAACACAACGCUAUGGCGAACACUGAUUACUACAUUCAGGACAUCACUCAGGAGUGGAAAGAAUGGGACAAAAGUCUUCAGAAGUUGGCCGGAAAAGUGUCCGUAAUUUUCUCCAACUUUACCCUGCAUUGGGUCCGGGAGUCGGAGACCGCCGCCCAAAAUAUGUCCAAACUAUUGUCAAACAACGGUAUUAUAGUAAUGAAUAUACUAUAUUGCGGUGAUAUCUAUCGCAACGCCGGCACCGAUGACCGCAGGGCUCAGUUGGAGCGACAGCUCCGGUAUCCCAGCGAACAACAACUGAUCGGCCAAUGGGUGACCGCAUUCAAGAGCGUCGGACUAAACCGGAUUGAUAUUAAAUACUGGGAACCAAAGGCUCUAUUCCCGGUUAAUGUUUAUAAUGAGAUCAUUCAAAUGUAUAUCAAUUGGUAUAAACAGUUUCUGACAGACAGUACCGGCAAUGAAGACAUGGAUACCGUCUUACGAGAGCUGAUCAUUAAGUACUUCGAGACUUGGAAGACGUCUAAAAUCUUAGUCAACGGUAAGGAUCUGAUUGAAGUCAACCGUGAAUUGCAAGAGACUAAUAAAAUUAACGAUACAUUGGGUUCUGCAAAACCACAUGAUAAACUCAUCAAACACAUAAAGAACAACAACAAUGAUGAUAAAUAUCCACUAGUGAUGGACAUCGGGUGCGGACCGGGAAAUACUGCCAAACUGUUGGCCAAAGAGCUUAACCCGGAGCACAUCGUCGGUAUAGACACCAAUCCCGAUAUGAUUGCAUUCGCCAAACAACACAACGCUAUGGCGAACACCGAUUACUACGUUCAGGACAUCUCUCAGGAGUGGAACCAAUGGAACAAAAGUCUUCAAAUGUUGGCCGGAAAGGUGUCCGUAAUCUUCUCCAACCAUACCCUGCAUUGGGUCCGGGAAUCGGAAACUGCGGCCCAAAAUAUGGCCAAACUAUUGUCUAGUAAUGGUAUUAUAGUAAUGAAUAUAUCAUAUUUCGGUGAUAUCUAUUGCAACGCCGGCACCGAUGAACGCAGGGCUGAGUUGGAGCGACAGCUCCGGUAUCCCAGCGAACAACAAUUGAUCGGCCAAUGGGUGACCGCAUUCAAGAGCGCCGGACUAAACCGUAUUGAUAUUAAAUACUGGAAAUCAAAGUUUAUAAUAUCGGCUAAUUUCUACAAUGAUAUGAUCGGUGUGUCUAUUAAUUGGUACAAACAAUUUUUGACAGACAGUACCGGUAAUGAAGACAUGGAUACCGUCUUACGAGAGCUGAUCAUUAAGUACUUCGAGACUCAGAAUAUGGUUAAACAAUUACCCAAUGAUAAGGAUGUGAUUGAAGCGAAAGGAGAAGUGUGUGAUUUUGUGAUAAGUAUUUAA